AUGAUAGGUACAGACUGCUACCAUAUUGUUAUUGACUUGAAUAGACCUGACACAUACGAUUAUAGAUACUCCCCAUUACAUAUCACAGAAAUUGACAUUACCAAUACCUCACAACCCAUGAAUAUUAACUCGAUUGAACCUAUAAAGGCAAAACUGAUAAAUCAAGGUGGUAUCAUACGCUUAUAUCGUGAAUUCGAAGAGGAACAUGACAAUUUUACCAUUGCUGGUGAUGACACCAUGGUUUCUAUACUAGCAGUACCUACUUAUUUCACUGCCACUGAUUUAUUAGGAUUUAUUGGUGACUCCUAUCUACAAGAUAUCUCUCAUAUUCGGAUAUUAAAAAGUGAGAAACAGAACCGGUUCUUAGUGUUGAUCAAGUUUAGAAGUAUAACUACUACUGCGGAAUUUCAGUUUAAUUUCAAUGGCAAACCGUUUAAUUCCAUGGAGCCUGAAACUUGUCAUGUUGUUUACGUCACAUCAGUUGAAAUUAACUACGCGGAUAAUAGUGAUAGCAAUCCUGUCGAUUCACUAAUUCCAUUUCUCCUUCAGGAUCCAUUUACGUCAAAACACAUAGAAUCUACAUCUACGGAACUAGAGCAACUGUCUUCGCAUGCUCAGACACAACUGCACGCCAAUGCUACCGUUGUGGAAUUGCCCACUUGUCCCGUGUGCUUGGAAAGAAUGGACUCGACAGUAACUGGAUUGCUUACUAUUCCAUGUCAGCAUACAUUCCAUUGUCAGUGCCUUUCCAAAUGGAAAGAUGAUACCUGCCCUAUUUGCAGAUAUUCACAUGUGCGUUCCCUCCCAAGAAUUCGAAGAUCUUCAAGCAGUGCCCAGGCCGCUGCAUCUGUAAGCACAUUAUUGCACGGGGAUGAGGAAGAUCAAGUAUGUAUGGAAUGUAAUGAAUCUUCAAAUCUCUGGAUUUGUCUUGUUUGUGGUAAUGUUGGUUGCAGCAGAUACUCCCCUGACCAGCAUUCAUUAAAACAUUUUGUUAAUACUGGUCAUUGUUUUUCCAUGGAAAUUGCCACUUCCCGUGUGUGGGAUUAUGCGGGUGAUAAUUAUGUUCAUCGAUUAGUUACCAAUGAAUCGGAUGGGAAAUUGGUCGAAUUACCGGAUAAAGAGAAACCGGAAUGUAACACUACCGUGGAUAAGGUUGAUGAGGUUGGGUUUGAAUACUCUCAAUUAUUAAUUAGCCAAUUGGCAAGUCAACGAGAAUAUUAUGAAAGUUUAUUAGAUAGAAGACGGGGGUCCACUAGUAGUAAUGACAAACUUACGCAAUUACAAUUUAAAGUUGAGGACUUGACCUCGAAAUUAUCCGAUUUAACCGCAAAUCUAAUUCCUUCCCUCAAGGAAAAGAUUCAACUCAAGGAUGAAAAAUUAAACACGGUGAUACGAGAAUUAAAUAUUUCCAACUCUCUUAACGACGCAUUAUCGAAGAAGAUCGAAUUUUACAUGAAAGAUACGGAGGAAUAUAAAAAGCAGAUUGACGACUUGACCCAAGACAACAAAGAAUUACACGAACAAGUUAAAGAUUUGAUGUUCUUUUUAGACAGUCAAGAAAAAUUUAAGGAUGAAUCAGAUGAAAUUAAGAAUGGAACAAUUGUUGUUCAACCAUCUGCGAGAACAGGUGCCAAAAAGACGAAGAAGAAAUGUAAAUAACCUUCUUUGCAUGACACGCCUGUGGUGUAAUAUUAUGGGAUUAAUAAUGGCAAUAUUUUAUGCAAGUUUAAGUAAACAAGAUCAUACUAAUAAUUUCCUAGAAAUUUUUCUUUUUGGGCCACACUAAAUUGCUAAGGGCAUAACAAUAGGGGUUUUCUAAGAUUUAAAAUAAAACUCAAGAUUGAGAGACCAAUUAUGAAAAAUUAAGAUCUAAGGCAUAUCAUAGAAAACUCGGUUUUCAUAUUUAAAUAAACCUAAAUCUUCCUAUUCAAACAAUCUUAAUUUUGACAUUAAUUUGUUAGCAUUAUGAAUGGUUAUAGCAAAGAUUCGGGUGUGACUACAAGGUUACCAUCAUUCCAACAAUUAAUGAAGGGGUUUCAAGAUUCGGAAUCACCCAAUAAUACUACCACGAUUAUAACCCAGCACCUUCAACCCCAGCCGGUUCAAGCGCAACGAUUAAUUCAGUAUUCUCCAGGCAAACUUACUCCUACUGCAACUACGUUUGGCAACUAUACUUUAAAUCCAGAAUAUCCUUAUCAUCAUCAUCAACAUCAUUAUGAUAAUAGCUAUCCCCAGUACCCAUAUCCUCCAGGUCCCAGUAGUGUCAAGUCUGCUCGCGCAUCUCCCAUGAAUAGAGGUCGUUCCUUGAGCUUUUCAUACCCUCAGGGAACAUCACCAAUACAAGAUAUACUUGAGCUGGGAAUUAUUUGCAAUGAGUAUCAAUUUAUUUCAAAUUUGAUUCAGUUUUUGAUUGAAUUUGAAAAGAAGUGCCAUGACUUCAAGUUGAACUAUACGAAUAAUCCUAAUGACUUAUCGCUUAUUUCAGAGAAGAUUUUGACUGAUUUUGACGACUUGGAUGAUGCAUUACAUAAUUGCAACCGGGUAGUUAAGAUGCUUGAAAAUAUAAAAAUAUUGAAUGAGAAAACGAGAGUUAAGCGAAGCAACACCUCUAAACGUAUUGACAAGAGAAAGCUUAAGAAGAAGUCUAAAACAGGUUCAGAUGGUGGCAGCGAUCUUGGGCUUGAGAUUAAUGUUGCUGCCACGGCUAAUCAUGACCAAGUUAAUAUAGGAGGCUUGAAUCCCGAGCUUAGUAUAAAACCUGAAAUUACUUGUCAACACUGUUGUUCCCAAGAGACACCCGAAUGGCGCCGUGGUCCAGAAGGGAGUAGAACUUUGUGUAAUGCUUGUGGAUUAUUUUAUUCCAAAUUGAUUAAAAAAUACGGAUUACAAGAGGCGGAUAAGGUUAUGUAUCAACGUAAACAAACCGGCACGGUUAACGAUAGAAGAAUUUUUUAACUCAAAGUAGUAGCAGUAGUAUAUAUUCAUUGUAUAAGUUUAUUGUAUUUUCCUGGCUGUAAUUGCAAGUCGGUCGUGGUAUAAUAAUAA